AUGUGCAGGUCACUUCGUUACUGCGUUAGCCACUGUUUGCACGCAGCAAUGACAAAACUAGAGGACGCAAACCGAGAAGUCAACAUGCAUUCUUCAAUUCGAUACCUUGGCUACUUAGCCAGGAUAACUUUACUCGUCGCUAUUUGCAUGGGUCUUUAUGUUAGGUGGGAGCAAACGGAGGAUUCCUUGAUAUUAGUAAUAUUCAUAUUGGGCCUAUUUAUCCUUGGCAUAGCCAGCAUCCUAUACUAUUAUUUUUCAAUGGAAGCAGCCAGUCUAAGCCUGUCCAAUCUUUGGUUUGGAUUCCUGCUUGGCCUUCUUUGUUUCAUUGACAAUUCCACGUUCCGGCAUGAUGUAAAGGAAGAAGCAACACAAUACUUACUGGUUUCCUCCAUUACUAUAAGAUGUUUGUGUGCACUGGUGGAGAGAAUUUGUGGGUGUGUGAGGCAUCGCCCCACCCUUUUGACAUCUGCAGAAUUUCUGGAACUGGUUGGUUUUGCAAUUGCCAGCACCAUCAUGCUUUUAGAAAAGUCCAUCAGCAUAAUAUUGCUGGUGGCCGCAUUUGCCUUGAUAAUAAUCGAUUUACGGAUGAAGACCUUCUUUGCAAUUCCAAACCUGGUGACCUUUGCUGUCCUGUCGCCGGUGCUGUUUUUUCCUUCAUUGCAAAUUCCUGUGAACCCAUAUGCCUUGUCGUGCUUUUUCUGUUGCAUCAUUAGCGAGCCACUUCUAGAUGUGUAUUUCAGUGGACUCUCUGUCACAGAACGGUGGAAACCAUAUUUGUAUCGUGGAUCAAUUUGCCGGAGGCUUUCAGUAAUUGCAGUUGGGAUAAUUGAGAUAAUCUUUUUUGUACUGUCAGCCUUAAAACUAAGUGACUUAAACCUUUGGUAUUUUGUCAUUCCCGGCUUUUCUAUUUUUGGGAUUUUUUGGUUGGUCUGUCAUAUUAUACUUGUAAUUACUCUCUGGGGUUUCCAUACCAAGCUGAGUGAUUGUCACAAGGUGUACUAUACCCACAGGCAAGACCACAACAGCCUUGAUAGAGUAAUGGCUUCAAAAGGAAUGCGCCAUUUUUGCCUAAUUUCAGAACGUCUGGUCUUUUUUAGCCUCAUUGCAACAGCUGUUUUUGGUGCCGUGUCCUGGCAGGUAAGCGUGCUUUUUAAUUUGUAUUUUUUUUAUUAUUUUUUUACACACUGAGUUAUGACCAGGGCCACCUUUAGGGGGUACAACCAAUAUAGCUUUUACGAGGGUUGUUCUGUUCAGGGGAACCACCAAGCCUAGGCCAUAUUCCUGAACCCCAAGUGUUUGUGUGUGUGUGUGUAUACAUAUAUACACACAGAGGCCCCAGGUGUGUAGUAUAAUGAAGAGGUGGCACAGCUGACUCUAGAAUUCACCUCUGACAGUGUCCUCUCACGAGCCCAGGCUGUCUGAGCGUUGCUGCACUUUGCCAUGGCAAUGCUUUGUCUGGCACGCAACAGGAGCUGCUGCCUUGCUGCUAGAGGUGUAACAUGAAGUCUGGGCCACCCUCUUCAACAUACAAGCAAGCGGGAGCCUGCACUGUGCCACGGAACCACCAUGGAAUCUAGUGUACCCUCUCUCUGGCCACAGGUAAGAAGCAGUGAGGGGGGAAUAAAACAAAUAAACAAAUAGGUAUAUAUAAUUUUUUUUAUUUUUACAAAUAUAUAAAAAUGAAGAAAAUGCUUACUGCCCACAGAAGCCCCUAUCCUACCUAAAAAAUUUAUACACACCAAACCCCUCCCUCUUCCCCACGGUAGCAUGUUUUAGAAUACUUUAUGCAAGGGAAAUCUUUUUUUAUUUCUCUUUCAGGAGAGUUUAUAAACCUAUGGCGCUUAUGCAGCAGACCGUGAACUGUAGAGCAUUGGCAAGGGUACUCUAAGUUUUUGCCUGAUAGGGAAAAAUAGCCAAAUUGUUUGCAGUUAAAAUUUGUCAGUUCUCCACAAAAUCUGGUUUAAGGGGAUACUAUAGUGCCAAAAAUACAAAGCUGUAGUCCUGGCACUAUAGAUCCCCCUGCCUCCUCCCCACCCCCCAUUUUUUUAAUUUUUAUAAACUUAGGAAGAACUGUAGUUGGAGAGCUUCGCUAAAGGGGGACACUAUAGUCACCAAAACAAAUUUAGCUUAAUGAAUCAGUUUUUGUGUAUAGAUCAUGCUCCUGCAGUCUCACUGCCAUUUAGCUGUUAAAUCACUUCUGUUUAUGCAGCCCUAGCUACACCUCCUCUGACUUACACAGCCUGCAUGAAGAAAAAUGGUUUCAUUUUCAUUCAGAUGUAACUUACUUUAAAAGAUUUUAUCUCCUGCUCUGUAAUUUGAACUUUAAUUACAUCCAGGAGAUUUCUGCAGUACCUACCAUGCUAUUAGUAGAGCAGGAAAUAAGAAAUUUUAUAUUAAACAGAAUCUGCAAUAAAGGAAGUGUAAAGAUUAAAUGACUCUUUACAGGAAGUAUUUAGGAAGGCUGUGUAAGUCACAUGCAGGGAAGUGUGACUAAGGCUGUAUAAACAAAGUGAUUUAACUCCUAAAUGGCAGAGAAUUGUGAGACUGCAGGGACAAGUUGUUUUGGUAACUAUAGUGUUUCUUUAAAAAAAAAAAAAAUUAGAAAUGCAAUGGUUCCUAGAUAUAGGGUUCGUCAGUUUUCAAUGUAUUUUCACUCAGGUUAUCAACUUUGAAUGUGAGUUAUCUGUGGAUUGUGUGGAUUUAUUUAAUCUUGUUCAAACGUUGCUGUCUUAGAACUGCUGGCUUGGGCAUCUCAUUUCUUAAAAAUUGCAAGUGCAGUAAAUUUAUCGCAGCCUUACCGGGAAGCGGAGUAUAAAAGCUUGCAAAUUGUAAUGAGUUUCUGCAAAAUAUAUGCUCUGGUUGCAAAAUGAGGCCUUUUGUAAUUCACACCCACAGGUUUGUGGUGUUAUCUGUGUACUUGUAAGAAAUGACUAAAGCACAUAACAGCUGGGGAUCUUCCUUUUGGCCACUCCUGCUUUAGACCAUACCAAAAUAAAUCCUCAGCGCAGGUGGGGAUGACAAAUAGCAACUGCGCUAAACAAACAAAUACUCGCGCUGCUGUACUAUGUAUUUAACCUGAAUUCAGUGUAAGAUUUUCAGUUUCUUGUUGCAAAACUAGGCUCAGGCCUCCUGUAAGAGGAGUAAUUCUAAUAGUUGUGGUUGUUGAAUUGCAGUAAAUUCAAUUUAAUGCUGGUAUUUAACUCGUGUCAUUUAAUGCAGUUCAUUGGAAACUUUCUCCAACCAGACUUCUAAUUGAACUAACUUCCUCAUUCAUUACAUUAAGCACAAUGUCAGCCCGCUGUGUUGGCAGUGGGAGAUGAACAACACAGAUCUUGCAUGGUAUAUUUGCUCCCUUGAUGUUCUUGUUUGGAGACCUAUUAUCAUGGAUUAAAGGAGAUUCCAAUGUGUCAAGAUCAUAAGAGACUCUGCAUAUGUAACAUGUUCAUCGAGAAAGACUAGCUGCAUAUGGUGUGGUAUAUUAUUUUAUUAAUGAAAAGACCCCAUGUUGUGCAACUCUAUACACUGGGUAAAGAAGACAAAAAAAAAAACUCAGGGCACACAAAUAACAGAGAAAACAAUAGACUUGCUCAAAAAAAGAUGACCUUAUGUGGCAAUAAAUAAAUACAAAAAUAACCAGUGCCCUCUCUACCUUAUUAUUUAUUAUUCAUGUGACCUGUAUAGUAUCUAAGAAGGUAGAAAUUACUAGUUGUGUGAGUUGAGAUAAUCUUUAAGUUUGAAGCUUCUAUAAAUAAGUGUUUUUUUUGUUUUUUUAUGUGUUUGAGAUCUGGAGAUAUGAGAUUGUGUCUCAGGAUGGGUAUAGGAUAUUGCAUAAGAUUGGGAUAGCCAGUGGUAGAUUGAGAGCAGAUAAAUGUUACAGGUCAGAAAUGGAUAGGUGGGACUACAGUAAGUUGAUCUUGAUUAUCAGAGAUGACCUGUAUUUUGUGGAGUAGUAUGGUAAGCAUUGUCUGUUAGAACUAGGAUUUUAAUACGAAUUGGAAAGGAUAAAGGAAGCCAGGGAAUAUAUUGACUGAGAUCAAAAAUGAAUUAACCGAUCCAAAUAUAAUAUUUAUUAAACUUGUACACAGCAAAACAAAGUGCAGUUCAUCUGAAUCAAUUAAUCCCUCAAAAAAUUAAAAAAAUUUGAUCAACCAAAUUUUGUUAAUUUGCCGUUUCAGUUAACCUGAAUCUCUCUCGUCCACACGAAAUGAUUCGGAUGAACUGGAAAUAUAGAGAAUAAAAAAAGCCUGUGGGGUCAAUAUGUCCACCAUAUUAAUAAAGGGGAAGGUAUAAAACCUACACUGUGCCCAAAUCUGCCAUGCCACGCUGGUAAAAUCAGAUCUACUAAACAGUGCAAAGCCAAUGGCUGCCUAUUGUAAUUAGAAACUAGUGUAUAGCAGCUGAGUGCCCAGAGCCCUUAUAUAAAGGCUUCUUGCUGUUUGAAACCUCAUUCUGCACCAAGCCUAAUUAAUUAAUUGAUUUGCAGCAGGAUUUAAAUGUGUUUUCAUAUAUAUAAUAUGUAAUAUAAUAUUUUUUAUUUAUUUUUUUUUUUCCAGCGACUAGAUUUGUCCCCUCACUAUUAGUUUUUAGUCACCCAAAACGUGUACUAAUUUAGAUGUUGGAGAACCAGAAUACACAAGUCUAAUGUGUAUGGCCUGCAGCAUUGUGACAUCCAGGUCAAGCUCAGAGUAAGGAAAUUUAUAGUGUAAAAUUGCAACAGUAGAUUUAACUUUUUUCUUUUAUCCUUUUUUUAAAUGAAACAUCUUGAUAUUUCUGUAUGGGGGGACCUGUUGGAUCUUGACAUGGCAGUACAUAGGACAGCAGUAGGAUUGGAUUAUAACGUUUCAGUGGUUGGUAUUUAGGUUUAGCUUAAUAAUUCUCAUUAGGUAUUCUUCCAUUAUUCAGUAGCAUACUCUAAACACCAUAACAAUGUAUGCAGAGGCUUUGCGCCAAAUAGGUCUCCUGUCAAUGUAUUGCUACAAACUGUAGCCUGCUCCCUCUAGCAUCCAACGGAGGUAGUUUUACGUCCUUUGCCUCCGAUAAUCUUUCCAAGUUGUUUAUGUAGUGUUUACAUGAUGAGCAUAUUCCUUUCCUCCACCAGUUGUUGUUCAAUGAAAGCAGCCUUGUUAACAAAACUGUGAACAUGGUGGUACAUAAACUGAUAGCAUCCAGGAUAUGGCUGUUAACAUCUUAUUGAGCAGGUCUCGGCUGUUGUGAUGUGUGAAACUGCUAGUGGGAGAUGAACGGUAUAUUGUAUAAACCACAGAUGGACAGAUCUUUAUAGGAUGGACCAGAAUUAGAAACUCCUGAUCACUUAUAUUGACCACUUCUAUUAACCAUAGCCACUACAUUUACAUAUCAUUGGUUCCUGCGCUGUUAAAGAGCAGCUGUCAUUUUAGAAUUGUCUUUAUUGGUAUGUUAAUGUAUUCCUUAUAGUGAGCAAACAUGUAUUUUCCCGACAUGUGGUGGCCGUACAAUAAGGGGGGGAUGUACUCUUCCCUGGGGCAAGCAUCUGAAAUUAAAAUGAACAUAAAAAGUUCCUCCCCCAACAGGUAUAAGACACCAACCUGCCAUGAACCCUCAGUUUUCUUUCUUGUUCCAUCAAGAACGGACGGCAUCUGGAGGACAGAUCGUGAGGCAAUUGGGUUGCUGCAAUGGGGAUCUGGCCUGAUAGCCUCCACGUGGAGAGCUGAGUGGCCACUCUUCAACCUGCAGAAUUAUGAAGCAGGUAUGAGUUUCUUGCUUUAUGCAGAGUGCAGUCACCGGCAAAGCAAGUGGGAGGUCAUUAGUGGCAGCAAAUCACUGACCAAUCAAGAUGCAUGCGCACAGCAGUGGAACGCACGUCCGGGAGGCUAUGCGUUUCACCGAAGUUCCGAUCUCGCUUUUGCGCAUGCGCGAUCGGAACUACAGAAAAUUGGGCAAAAUUUUUAAAAUGGUGCCUCUUUAAGCUGGGCGGAGUCUACUGACACCAUGGAUGCUAGCCAGAAAGGAUCUCCCAUGUCACCAGCCCCCCCACACGAGUCAGAGGUUUUAGAGGUGAGAUUUAAUUAGUCUGAAAUCUUUAAAAUCUUUUUUUUAUUCAUUAUUUUAAUGAAUUUGAGAUGUCUAGUCCUGUCUCUCCUGAAAUCAUGGAUAAAGACAAAGUGACUGCUCCAAUAACAAAAAAAAAAGAAGCUACUUAUAAAACGAAACAGCUGAUAUGUAGCGAAUGUUCCACACCACUACCAGGUGAUACCAAGAUAAAAAUCUGCAUUCAGUGUUCGUCCUUAAUGAUGGAAAAGUCCAAGCAACAGGACAUGAAAUAAUUUUUAUCUUGGUUUCAAGACAACCUUGCCCAAACAUUUGAAUCUGCAAAAUCAAAUGUAACAGCACCCGUUCAAGUACCAGUUAAUAAAAGGCAAAAAUGGAAAAGAUCCUCAUCUAGAUCGGAGCUGUCUUAGGGCAAAUGUUCAGUGUCUUCCUAUUUUGAAACUUCUAGCGAUUCUUCAAUGACGGAAAUUGGUUUACCACAUGAAGAGCUAAGAGAAUUUAUUAAAGAGGUCAAUGUUGCCUUAUCUGAAGGAUGCCCGAAAAAGGAAAUAAAAGAGCCCUUCCAGUUCAACAGCAUAUUCUGGAGCUUAUGUAUAGAGAGUGGGAAAAAAAACAGAAAAGAGGGAAUUUAUAUCCCGGCAUUUCAAUAGCAUUUUUAAGAUGCAAGGAGAAGACAGGUGGGAAGACUUACCAGUUGUUGACAUGCUACUAUUAGAAGACUACUAUUCCUAUUGGGGAAGUCUCUGGACUUAAGGACCCUAUGAAUACAAGUGCUGAAACGUCUUGUAGGUGCGCAUAUCAAGCUGCUGGGUUUCAGACUAAGGCAACUUUGACAGGAGUUUCAGUGGCUAAAGCUCAAUCCUAUUGGAUUCAAGCUUUGGAAGAUUGUCUAAUAGAACACCAAGACAACGAUCUUUCACACCUGUUCCUCAAUCUAAAAUUAUCCAAUGAAUACAUGCUAGAAGUGAUCACAGAAGUGAUUAAACUAUCUGCUCGUGUUAUGGGAUUGACUUUUGUUGCUUGCAGAGCACUCUGGCUUAAAGCGUGGACGGCUGAUACAACUUCGAAGUCUGCUCUUUGUGAACUUCCACUGGAAAGGAAGAAAAUGUUUGGAUCUCCUUUGGAAGAAUUAAUCUGACAAAUAUCAGAAACCAAGAAGGCCCUUCUUCAGGACAGGAAGUAUUCCUGGAAGCUCAGAUAUAAGAACUUCCAGUAUUAGAACCACAGGUUUUUUUCGUCAACAAAGAAAAGAUCCGAAGUUUGAUGAACAUAAAGACAUCAAAACAGAGCAAAAAGAUUCUGACGCCAUUCAAGUGGGCGGAAGGAUGCAGCAGUUUUUUCACAAAUGGAGAGACCACUGCAAAUCCAUGGAAUGUGAAUCAGGUUGCAAAAGGAUUCAAAAUAAAAUUCAGAUAUUCCUUAUAUCCUCUGACCAAAUUUCCUUAUAUCUUCUUACCAAUCAAAGCUAAAAAACCAAGCACUUUUUUAUGCUACUGUAACUUUAUCAAAAAAGGUGUUAUCGAAAGAGUUCCAAGGAUUCAACAAUAUCAGGGAGUUUACUCUCGGUUGCUCCUGGUCCCAAAACCAGAUAUGUCCUUUCGUUCCAUUCUGGAUCUGAAGGGAGUAAAUGGCAUGAGUCUAUAUCAACACUUUAGAAUGGAAACCAUUGCUCUGUCAUGCAUACCAUUCAGAAAACCAUUGGAUUUGAAAGAUGCGUACCUGUACAUAGCUAUGGAAGUAGGCUCAAGAAAAUUCCUGAGGUUUGCCUUAAAGAAGGGUUACAAUGUUCACCACUUUCAGUUUAAAUCCCUACCAUUCAGACUCUCCUUUACAAAAGUCCUAGCGCCUAUCGCCGCGCUCUUAAGGGAAGAGGGAAUCACCAUUAUUCCCUACUUAGACGACUGGUUCAUCAAUCCAAAAUCACGAAAUGCUCUGGUAGAAGAUGUGAAAUACAGUCGCCAUACUAAAAGAGCAUGGUUGAGUGAUAAACCUAGAAAACUCACAACUGCAACCUACAAAGUCACUUGAUUUCUAGGUUUUUUUUCCGUUUUUUUUUAAUCAAGUUAGACACUCUGUCAAUCCACAUGACUUCUCUGAAAAGAAGAAAGAUAUGGAAGCAGAUCACAGACUUUCAGGAAGAAAUAACAUGCUCAAUAAGGAAAGCCAUGCAGGUGCUGGGACAUCUCACUUCAACUAUCCCAGCAGUAAAAUGGUCCAGAGCAGAAUCAAGACAGUUACAGUGGGAGAUUCUUAAAGUGGUGCAAGAAAGAUGACUUGGAUACUGUAAUAAAUAUUUCAGAUCCUGUAAAAAGACAGCUGAAUUAUUGGAAAAAGACCAGAUUCCUUUUAAAAGAUCUAUCUUUUCAACCAAAAGAAUGCGUCAUAAUCCCCACAGAUGCUUCACAUGUAGGUUGGGGAGCGCACCUGCAGUAUCAUAUGAGGCAAGGGACAUGGUCUGCAGAAGAAAGAGAAGAAUCAUUAAAUUUCAAAGAAUGAAUAACCGUUUUGUAUGCUAAUCUUCAGUUCACACCUCUCAUUGUGGAAAAACUGUAAAACUACAAUCCGACAACCAGACUACAGUUGCCUACCUCAACAAACAAGGAAGUACAAGGAUAAUAAAGCUGCACUUUCUUUGCACAAUUAUGUCUUUGACUCAACAUCAUCUAGAAGACCUAUCUGCUACUCAUAUAAGAGGGAUGGACAACAUCAUUGCAGACAACCUUAGCAGAUCAAGAUGGUCCCAGAACGAAUGGUCUCUGAAUCCAGUCAUUUUAUUUCUCAGAUUGUGAAGGUAUUUGGUCUGCCAGUCAUAGACCGUGUGGCAAGAUGGACAACGCAAAAGUGGAAACGUCUGCUUCCCUCUUCAAGGCAGACUUUCCUCUGGUUCUUGAUGCCCUGUCAAUCAAGUAGAACUUCAGCCUCUCUUACCUAUUUCCCCCGGUAAACCUUAUUCUAUAUAUUUUGCAAAAAGUGAGUACAGAUAAGGCAGUUGUACUGGCCAUAAUUCCAUACUGGUCAAACCGGGGCAUGUUCUCAGUCUUGAGGACAAUGGCUUUGAAGUACUGGAAACUUCCAAUUUCAACAAAACUCCUGGAGAACAAAGGAAUUCCAAUAGAAGUAUUAAGAAGAUGUUCAAAUUGACAGCUUGGCUGCUGCACGGCUAAUACUACAUGACAGGGGCAUUAAAAAGGAAAUAUUCUUCUUAAUUCUACCAGAAGAUCUACCACUGGUAUAUACUUGAAAAUUUGGGCGAAAUUCCUUCAUUGGUGCAAGUAUCCUCAUUGCCUAACACGUUCUCCUUCGACAGAUAUAAUUUAGCAUUUUCUGCAAGAUGGCCUCCAAGCAGGUCUUGGUUUAUCAACCCUUAAUGUUUUAGUAUCAGCUCUUAGCCACUUCCUGGUCAAGAAUUUGGCUUAUUAGAAGAUUUUUCAAGGCAGUCAGACUGAUCAGGCCUCCAAAAAAAAAAUUCUUCCCCUCUUGGGGAUCUGUCUUCAGUCCUAAAGGCUCUUUGUACUCACCCAUUCGAACCUUUGGAGGAAACAUCCUUAAAACUCUUGUCUCUAAAAAACGCAUUUUUGGUGGCUAUAACAUCUGCAAAAAGAAUUUGAGAAAUUCAGGCUUUGUCAUCUUCUCAAGAAUUAAAAAAAUUUCUUCCAGACAAGGUUGUUCUAUAUCCAAAACCAUAGUUUCUGCCUAAGGUCAUCUCUUCUAGGGCUCUUAAUCAUCCAACUUCCCUGCCUUCUUUUGGUGAUCCGUCAGCCUCUGGUCUGGAAAGAAAUUGGCACAUGCUAGAUGUCGGAAGAUAACUUAGAACCUACUUAGACCGCUCCUCUGCAAUUAGGAAGACUGGUCUUCUUUUUAUUAAUUUUUUGGAAAGUAUAAAGGUCAUACAGCCUCUAAGUCUACUCUGGCUAGAUGGCUCAUGGACACUAAAAAGUUGGCUUGUGCUCCAUCGAAUCUUCCUUUGCCUACCUCUUUGAAAGCUCAUUCAACGAGAGCCAUGACUACUUCUUGGGCUGAAAAAGCUCAAGCUUCGCCACAAGAUUUCUGCAGAGCAGCUACAUGGCCUUUAUUCAACACCUUCGUAAAGCAUUACAGACUAGACGUAUUCUCUGCCUCUGACGCUGCUUUCGGGCAUAAGGUGUUACAAGCGGUGGUUGCAUAAUUCCCUCCCAAAGUUCUGGGAUCUUGUUAUAUCCCUAUUGUACUGCCACCAUAUGGCAGGAAAAAUGAGUUUUACUUGCCGUAAAUUCCUUUUUUCUUGAUAUGGUGGCUGUACAACACUCCCCCUUAUUAUUAAUAAAUUUUAAAAUUUGCAGUAUUAGGUCUCUGAUGUUUUAUUGUGACGAACUGAGGGUUCAUGGCAGGUUUGUGCCUUAUACCUGUUGGGGGAGGAACUUUUUAUCUUCCUUUUAAUUUAAGAUGCUUGUCCCAGGGAAGAGUACAUCCCCCCUUUUGUACUGCCACCAUAUUAAGGAAAAAAGAAUUUACGGUUGAUGUUCCAGGAGGGAUAAGCCAAAUGGCAAAUGAUUUAGGUAAACUAGAAAAAUGGUCAGAGCUGUGGCAACUGACAUUUAAUGUGGAUAAGUGCAAGAUAAUGCAUCUUGGGCAUAAAAACCUUAGGGCAGAGUACAGAAUAUUUGAUAUCCUACUAACCUCAACAUCUGAGGAAAGGGAUUUAGGCGUUAUAAUUUAGAUAAUUUGAAGGUAGGCAGACAAUGUAACAGAGCAGCAGGAAAUGCUAGCAGAAUGCUUGGUUGUAUAGGGAGAGGUAUUGGCAGUAGAAAGCGGGAAGUGCUCAUGCAAUUGUACAGAACACUGGUGAGACCUCACUUGGAGUAUUGUACGCAGUACUGGAGACCGUAUCUACAGAAGGAUAUUGAUACCUUAGAGAGGGUUCAGAGAAGGGCUACUAAACUGGUUCAUGGAUUGCAGGAUAAAAACUUAAAAGGAAAGGGUUAAAGUAUCUUAACAUGUAUAGCUUGGAGGAAAGACGAGACAGGGGGUAUAUUAUAGAAGCAUUUCAAUACAUAAAGGGAAUCAACACCGUAAAGGAGGAGACUAUAUUUAAAAGAAGAAAAACUACCACAACAAGAGGACAUAGUCUUAAAUUAGAGGGGCAAAGGUUUAAAAAUAUCAGGAAGUAUUACUUUACUGAGAGGGUAGUGGAUGCAUGGAAUAGCCUUCCAGCUGAAGUGGUAGAGGUUAACACGGUUAAGAAGUUUAUAGGGACUCUCCAGUGCCAGGAAAACAAACAGUUUUCCUGGCACUGCAGGUCCCCUCUCCCUCCCACCCCCAUCCCAGGUUACUGAAGGGGUUAAAACCGCGACGCGGCCGCGACUGGGGAGACCUAAUGCGCAUAUAAUGUGCUAUAAACCUGGAAGUGCCCUCUAGACAGCCACUAGAGGAGGAAUUAACUCUGCAAUGUAAAUAUUGCAAUUUAUGAAAACUGCAAUAUUUACAGUUGCAGGGUUAAGGGGUAGUGGGAGUUGGCAUCCAGACCACUCCAAUGGGCAGAAGUGUUCUGGGUGCCUGGAGUUUCCCUUUAAGCAUGCGUGGAAUAGACAAAAGGCUAUCCUAACUAUAAGAUAAGGCCAGGGACUAAUUCAAGUAUUUCAAAAAUUGGGCAAGCUAGAUGGGCCAAAUGGUUCUUAUCUGCAAUCACAUUCUGUGUUUUGAUGUAAAAUUAAAGUUUUAUGAGAUAUGAAAAAGUUAAUGUAGAAAUCCACACUUCUUUAUCCUGUUCUGUUGUUUACCCAGACAAUUGGCAUAGAGGAAGCAUACAGAGAAAAAGAGAAAUGAAACAAUAUUUUUAUUCCUCCUGCUCAUUUGCAAUGUGAGCUCUUGCUGUGCCAGGAUUUAAAUGGGUUGUAAUGUCAUAAUUUAGUUAUUUUUAAAGGAACAAUCCAAGUAGUGGUUACGGUGCAAGGAGUGUUCUGGUGCCGUCUCGAUGUAAUCUGUCAAACCGGUUUAGCAUUAUUUUUACACUUACCUGGGUCACAGCAGGUGCCCAUGCUUUAUCUAGUCUUCUUAAGGCUGGAUUACAACCUAGGCGUUUGUUUAGUCACAAAGAGCAUCAUUAGGCCACUCUCAACCAAUGAAUGAGUUUAAUAAGUAGAUGUGUUGGGGGGUGGAGGGGAAACACUUGUAUUUAUGCUUGUUUUCAGAAUCUAGUCCUUGUUUUGUGGGUUUUUUAUUUUUUAUUCUUGCCCUUAUAGAGAACCUCUGUACACCUAACUUUUUCUAAAUUAAGUUGUUAUGGUGCCAGAAGGUCCCUGGUGUUGGCUCACUUUUAGUGGUUUAACCGUUCACAAAUGGUGUAACCCCAAAAUCUCCACCCUAGCGCCGGAUCGUUCUGCCUCCUCUAAUAACUUCUUGCUGAAAAGCUUAAAACCGGAGCCUUGGACUGCCGCAGGCAUGGGUGCCACUGAUUGGCUUAGAGCAGCUUCUCAUUCAUUCCAUUGCUCCCCAUUAAAAAAAAAAAAACAGCUUGAGAAACGUACAUUAUUUUCUUUUAAAACAUAUAUCUGUGUAAUUAUAGUGACCAUCUGUUUUGAUAUUUUUGCAUUGUUUGCUACCUCUGUGAAACAUAAUAAACAAAAAAAUAUAUCUAUAAUACCUUAUAACAAAUCUAAAACUUUAACUGUAACUGGCGCGUAUGGUUACCUGUUGCUAAGAGUAUGUUUAAUCUGUUUUUAUUUGUAUUGUAGCCAACCCGUGGAAUCUUCAUGAGUGUGUUCCUGAUUGUCCUUCCUCUUGAGUCCAUGGCUCAUGGGCUCUUCCAUGAACUGGGCAGCUGCUUGGGAGGGACAUGUGUUGGCUAUGCAGUGGUGAUUCCCACCAAUUUCUGCAGGUAUAUUUAAUUAUAUUUCUUUCCAUCUGGGUAUGAAUUUCAUAAAGGGAAGUGAACAUCUUUGGAUUCUAGAGUGGUGAGACAUACUGAAUUACGUGUGAAUCAGACCAGGUUAUUUGCAAUGUGACUUUUAUACAACAUGACAACGGUCUAUACUGGGUGCUAGCUCGAAUGGCCAACAAAUUAAUUACCGUUGCUACUGUCCGUUUCUAAGUAGCCCCGUAACCAGAUAUGGGUGCACAUCCUGUGUCCUUGACUCCCCUUGGUCGCUGACUGUGGCUUGGCUCUGGAUGAAAUUCACAUCGCAAUAGAGGAAGUGAAAGCUCCUUUGCUAUGUCAGAGUGUGGGGGAUCGUUUUGUAGUUUGGUUUCUCAAUUUUAGAAAUUACUGCACUGCAGUUAUAAGCCACUCUCAUCAGGGAGAGUGGGUGCAGACUACUCUCUGCAUAAUGCAGUGAUUCAAAGCUCUUUUGGUGUUUAGGGUGACUGUUUAUUUAGUUUGCUACUAAAUAUAGCCCAACCUUCCGAAUUAUAAAUUUACCAAUUCCAGACAGAUGGAUCAAAAUUCCUGCUCAGAUUUUUAUUGGAUAAAUGAGUAUAAAAUUAUUUUACAUACUCCACGGGGAACAAAUGUGUUUCAUUUAUCCUGUUGUUCUCUGUUUGCUGUAUUUUCACUUCACACUUGAAAUAUCAAUAACGGUGCAUAUAGCAAAAUGAUUGUAUUAACAGCAGAUACAUUUAUUUAUUUAUUUCCUCCUCUAUUUUUAUUUCCCACACCUGUAACCAGCCCCAAUGGUCAGCCUAUGCUUCUUCCACCGGAACAUGUGCAGGAAUUAAAUUUGCGGUCCACAGGCAUGUUAAACUCUAUCCAGAAAUUCUUUGCAUCCCAUAUGAUAGAGACCUAUGGUUGUGACUACUCAACAAGUGGACUCGGCUUUGAUACGUUGCAUUCAAAACUGAAAAGUUUUAUGGAGUUGCGGACAUCGGAUGGCCCCCGACACGAUACCUAUAUAAUAUACUACAGUGGUCACUCCCACAGCACCGGAGAAUGGGCACUAGCUGGUAGGUUGUUUUGCGCUUUUGUGUUUCUUAAUCUGAAUUUAAAGCACACUCCAGACACCUGAUAUGUAACAGGGCAUAAUAAAAAAAAAAAAAAAAAAAAUCAUCCAGGAUAACAGCUACAAAGGCAAAUUACAGCUGUACGCUUCCCAAAAAUCCUGUCAAUGUUUUCUAAUAAGAAAUCUGCUGUGACUGUCCUUUCGUUGUGAGGGAAGUAAAAUGAAUACUAGACACACUAAUAAUUAGAAGACAUUCCUUGCAGGUAUCUGGUACUCGUUAAUUUACUUUCAAUUAGUGAAAUUUGUGCAAAAUAUUGGGUUAUGUGCACACGUAUAUUUACAGACUCUGUAUUUCUCCAAUUGAAAACUAAAAGGAAUGGGAGAGAGUGAUGGCAAAAUAAUUUGGCCGAAGUGGGGACGCUGUCACUGGUCCUUUUUCACCACCUGCACAAGCCAUUCCAAUGUUACUUACUAGACUUGUGCACAAAACCCUUUGAGCUGCGUUGAAAUGCCUGUCAAUCCAUGGGCGAACAAACGGAUUCUUUCGGAUUAACGUAACAAAUCAAUUCAUUCAUUCAUGGAUUAACAGGCAUUUGAUUUAUAUGGCACAACUGAAUGGGAUUAGCAAGACGACUACUUACCAUGCGAAGACUAGUGGAAAAAGCCUGGAAAGUAUACCCACUACACUUCUGCAUUCACACAUACACUGGCCCUUCAUACAUAUACAGGCCUGCAUUCACAUACUUGUUGACCCUCCAUACAUAUAGACCCUGGCAUUCACACACAUAAUGGCCCUCCACAUUCAUACACCACUGCAUUCUCACACAUGGUGACUAUUCACACACACACAUACUGACCCUAUACACACUGCAAUAACGCUCAUGCAACAACUCUACUCGCUUAAACCCUGAAGUAGAUUUAUAAAAUAUAUAAUUGUAUAAUUGAUGGAUUCCAGAACCAGCUGAUUACAUGUCUGUAAAAGAAAGAAGUGGUUAUGAACCACUGAUCUAUAUAAUGCAAAGGAUAGAUGUCCAUCCUGAAUUUGGGCUUAAACAUAAAAUCCAAAAAUUGCCAAACUGAGAAUAACAUAGUAAUAGUACAGUAAUGCAUAUUUCAUUUUGGUAUUUUUUUAUCCAUCAAAUGGCGAUGUACUCUGAUUUUUGGCAGGGUAUUGAUGUUUUUAUAUUUGCUUGAUGAGUCUUCUGUUAAUCCGUGGAUUAUUUGCAGAGAUUUUCGUUUUUUCGUCUGUUAGAGCUUUUGAAUCCAGCCAUUACGCACUGAUGGCCAAGCUACAGGGUUUUUGCUAAUAAAGCAGUGCACAGUUUAUCAGUCAGUAAUGUGCUCUGACAGAUGGAACAUACAGUCAUUAGCAUUUUUUUAAUCUAGAGCAUCUUUGGACCUCUAGAGAAACCUAUUAAGAAUUGCAAAAUUAAAAUGUUAACACUCUCCUAGCACAGUAACAUUCUAAAUAUUUGUUUACUUGUAGCAAAUCUACAGAUCUCAUUAUUUAUCUAACGUACAACUGAUGGGUUUAGGAGGUCUUGAAUGCAGUUAGAAAAAUAUUAUCCAUUGUAAAAUAAACUGGUGACUAGCCAGCCAUAACACAGACAGAAAAAUGAAUGCCAGUGCUAAAUGAGUAUUAAAAUAUAAACAUGGAAUUUAUUGCAUAAAUCAAAAAAAAAAAGAAUCAGAUCAAAUUCACCAAUUUCUUUGGCUCAGUCUCUUGCAAAUUUUCAGGUUCCAAUACACACGUGACAAUAUCCAGAUGUAAACUCCAUUUCUAUCCAUAUCAGUGUGACCCCUUAAAAAUUAUCACCUGAAAUAGAAGAAAUAAAGUACAUAGUGUAGAUUGAUUUAGCCAAUACAAAUUGCCAAUUAAAACACUAACACAGAAAAAUGUGAGACAUUUCUAAGCUCACACAAAUAGCAGUUUAGGUAAUACGGGCCAAAUGUCUGUUACUGCUCCUCUCCGCACAGCAUGCUGUCCACCAGGCUCUGUAUCCGGAGGUAGCUGCCGCGGGCUGGACAGGAGGCUGACUCAUUGAUUCCUCUGGUCCUUUACCACCUCCUUGCAACGACUCACUGCUAUUAAUGUCCGCAUAGAAAUAAGUCUCAAUGCUUUCAUUGUAUUGAUUAGCCCCUUAGUGACCAGACCAUUUUUCAAUUUUAUUACCGUUAAGGACCAGGGCCGUUUUUACAUUUCUGCGGCGUUUGGCUGUAAUUUUCCUCUUACUCAUUUACUUUACACACACAUAUUAUAUACAUUUUUUCUCGCCAUUAAAUGGUCUUUCUAAAGAUACUAUCAUUUUCAUCAUAUCAUAUAAUUUACUAUAAAAAAAGUUUUUUGUUUUUUUUAUAAAAUAUGAUGAAAUGUUUUUCAAAAACACACUUUUUUUUAACUUUGACCCCCAAAAUCUGUUAGUCAUCUACAGCCGCCAAAAAAAAACCCAUGCUAAAUAGUUUCUAAAUUUUGUCCUGAGUUUAGAAAUACCCAAUUUUAACAUGUACUUUUUUUUUUUUUUUUCAAGGUAUAGGUCUAUAAGUACAAGUAGGACAUUGCUGUUUCAAAAUGUAACACUGUUAUCUUUCAUAAAUCUCUGAAUCACACCUCACAUGUACCGUACAUCUUUUUUUAAAGUAGACAGCCCAGGGUAUUUAAUAUGGGGUAUGUCCAAUCUUUUUUAGUAGCCACUUAGUCACAAUCACUGGCCAAGUUAGCAUUUUUAUUUGUUUGUGCGUUAAAAAUGCAAAAAACAAUGAUGAAUGCUAACUUUGACCAGUGUUUGUGAUUAAGUGGCUACUAAAAAAGACUGAACAUACCCCAUUUGCAAUACCUUGGAUUGUCUUCUUUUGCAAAUGGUAUGCCAUCAUGGGAGUAAUUCUCAUUCCUGGGCUACCAUACGCUCUCAAAGGCAACAUAACCAAUCUGGCAAAUUUCAAUGUGAAAAAGAGAAAAAUCAAGCCUUAUGUUUGACCCUGUAACUUUCAAAAACACUAUAAAGCCUGUACAUGGGGGGUACUGUUACACAUCAAUCUUGUAAGGAGUUAAUAGCACAGCAGUUUAAGUUUUGUUAUCCCAAACCUUCUUCACUAAUUGAACUUUUAGAAUACAUCACAUGGGACCCUUUAUCUGGGACAUGGACAAGAAAAUGUAGAAUUUUUUUUUAAUUUUUUUUUUAUAAAUCAUUUUCAUUUUUAACACAUAAAUAUGGGUAUUAUAAGUGUAAAAUAAGUGUUUUCUGUAAAAUUUCAUUAGCAGGAGAAGAAAAAGGAAGUAAUGAUGUUUUGGAAAGUUUGUAGGUCUUAAGGCAGCAGUUAUAUAGUAUAUUUUCUUGGUUAAAACUGAUUGUUUUUGUUCACAAAUGAGUACAUUGCUGUGAUGUAUUUUAAAGGUUACUCCAAUUAUCAAACAGUGUUUUAGUCAGAGUAUUCCUUUUUAUAUGUGUUUCCCUCCCACCCACCCAAAAAAAAAGAGCGGGGAAAAAAAAGCUAUACACACCUCCGUUUCAGCGCCGAGGUCAAGUUCUCUCUCAGCCAGUUCUUCCUCUGCUGACGUCUGAGGGGAGGACAUGGCCAUUUACAUUUAUUAAAACAUUCACACUUAUUUUUUGUUGUUUAUUUUCCUUUUACUUUCCAAACAACCUGCAGGUGGUGAAACCUUGCGAUUUGAAACCCUUCUGGAGUGGUGGCGUGAGAAAAACAGUGCCUUUUGCUCUAGGCUGAUAAUUGUAUUGGACACCGAGAGCGCACAGUCGUGGGUGAAAGAAGUCCGUAAAGUCAAUGAUCAGUACAUCGCCGUGCAAGGGGCAGAGAUGGCAAAGGUUGUAGAUAUCGAAGAAGCUGAUCCUCCCCAACUGGGUGAUUUCACUAGGGAAUGGGUGGAGUACAACUGUAACUCGGACAACAAUAUAAGUUGGUCUGAAAAGGGGCGUCUAGUGAAGGCAAUAUAUGGAGUCUCCAAGCACUGGAGUGAUUAUACUUUACAUUUACCAACCGGGAAUGAUGUCACGAAGCAUUGGAUGAUCUAUUUUCCUCGCGUCACGUACCCGCUUGUUCAUUUAGCCAAUUGGUGUGGAGCUCUGAACAUGUUCUGGCUGUGCAAAGUUUGCUACAAGUGUCUGAAGAGGUUGAAGAUGAAUUGGUUUCUUCCAGCAGUGCUUGACACAGGACAGGGCUUUAAACUUGUUAAAUCCUAG